GGAUUCUUUGCUUACCUCGUUCACAACGCCCCACAUUGCCUAAUCAAACUAACGUGGUAGUGGGCAUCACCAGUCCUGAAGUUGCAUGUUAAACUCUCAUUUUCAGCCCUUUUCGAAAAUUUAUAUGUUCCUCAAACUCAAACCACUGUUUUUUAAGGACCUUAAAAUAAUCAAAUUCCACAUUUUAGCCCCAAUCUAUGUAGUUUAUUGAGAUUCUCAUUACUGCAUUGUAAUUUGCAUCCCCCGAUAAAUGCUGUUUAUAUAUAUAUAUAUAUGAACACUAUCUUGGCAUGAGCCAAUUGAACAGAAUUCAUGCCCAUACCCUUAAAAAAGGCAUAGAUUACUCGAAAACUCUCAUAGUAGAGCUCCUCCGAAUCCCUGACAUCCCUUAUGCCCACAAAGUGUUCAAUCAAAGUCCUUACCCCACCGUCUUUCUCUAUAACAAACUCAUCAAAGCCUACUCCUCUCAGAACCAGCCUCGCCAAUGCCUCUCUCUCUACUCCCAAAUGCUCCUCAAAGGCUGCCCGCCAAACGAACUCACUUUCACUUUCCUCUUCCCCGCUUGCGCUUCCUUUUAUUCCCUUCUUCAUGGCAAAGUAAUCCAUACCCAUUUCAUAAAAUCAGGUUUUGACUUUGAUGUCUAUGCCUUGACUGCUUUGGUUGACAUGUACGCAAAAUUGGGUGUUCUCAUGCUGGCACGCCAAGUGUUUGAUGAAAUGACUGUGAGAGAUAUACCCACUUGGAAUUCAUUAAUUGCGGGUUAUUCGAGGAGCGGGGAUAUGGAGGGUGCGUUGGAAUUGUUUAAAUUGAUGCCUAGUAGGAGUGUGGUCUCUUGGACCACAAUGAUAUCUGGGUAUUCACAGAACGGAAUGUACACCAAGGCAUUGGAGAUGUUUUUGAAGAUGGAGAAGGAUAAAGAAGUUAGGCCUAAUGAAGUGACCAUUGCUAGUGUAUUUUCAGCUUGUGCAAAACUUGGUGCAUUGGAAGUUGGGGAGAGGAUUGAAAGUUACGCAAGAGACAAUGGGCUGAUGAAAAAUUUGUAUGUAAGCAAUACUUUGUUGGAAAUGUAUGCUAGGUGUGGUAAAAUUGAUGCAGCGAGGCAUGUGUUUAACGAGAUUGGCAAGAGGAGGAAUUUGUGUUCUUGGAAUUCUAUGAUGAUGGGCUUGGCUGUCCAUGGAAGAAGCAAUGAGGCCCUGCAGCUUUAUGAUCAAAUGCUGGGAGAAGGAAUUGAACCUGAUGAUGUCACAUUUGUAGGACUUAUUUUGGCGUGCACUCAUGGAGGCCUGGUUGCAAAAGGCUGGCAACUUUUUCAGUCAAUGGAGACAAACUUCAGUAUUGUUCCCAAAUUGGAACAUUAUGGCUGCAUGGUUGAUCUAUUAGGGCGUGCAGGUGAACUGCAAGAAGCUUAUGAUCUCGUUAAAAGUAUGCCAAUGAAACCAGAUUCUGUAAUCUGGGGAACACUUCUGGGUGCCUGCAGUUUCCAUAGUAAUGUUGAAUUUGCCGAAAUAGCUGCCGAAUCUCUCUUUCAAGUUGAGCCGUGGAAUCCGGGAAAUUAUGUAAUUCUUUGCAAUAUAUAUGCAUCAGCGCAACGGUGGGAUGGGGUUGCGAAGCUUAGAAAGCUUAUGAAGGGUGGGCAGAUCACGAAGGCAGCAGGAUAUAGUGUUAUCGAAGGAGAAGGUGAAAUUCACAAGUUCAUUGUGGAAGAUAAAUCACAUCCAAGACAUUAUGAAAUAUAUGCAUUACUGAAUGAGAUUUCGACAAAGAUGAAGUUACAAAUAACCGAGGAUGAUUUUAAACCUGAACUUGAAGGGUUAUUGUUAAUGGAAGAGAUGUGAUAUGUUUGUCUUUUA